UUAAACUACACUGAGGUGUCGAAUACUUCAGAUAACUUACAACACGUAACAGCGAAGACCAUCCACCCAACUUAACACUACGACAAAAUCACCUAUCAAAUUGUCAAAUAGCAAUGUUUCGAGUCUGGCAGCUAUUCGCCGUCUGUCUCGUGCCGGUUAGCCUAGCCUGCUCCCCACACAUUAAAGAAAUUACUGACGAGGACAAGGAAAAUUUUAUGUACGGCAUCAACGACGAGCGUCAGUCGAGUGAAUUAAGGAAUCUGAGAUGGAACGAUGCCCUGGCAGAAUAUGCCCAACAGAUCCUCUCACACACAUGUGGUAUUGUAAAGAGGAAAGAUAUAGUAACCGACGCCUACCUGGCAUAUUGUGCACAUGCAUCUGGGUUUAAUACUCGCGUCGUCUCUGAUGUGUGCAGCUAUCGUUUUGUCACCGGCGUCAUGAUGAACAGUACACGCUGGUCAAGAUUAAUGGGCUGUGCGAUGACGUUCUGUCCAGGAAUUGAACAUCACGAUCUGUCUCUGUGUAUGAUCGCACCAAGAAAGGGGUCAAGGUUUUAUUAUGACGAGGACGAAGAUGAUGAAGAAGAAGAAGAAGAAAGGUGACAACACAGUUGUUUGAUUCCAUCUCCACGGAAGUAUCUAAAGAGCUGUUAACCGAAAUUAUAGUUUUCUAUAAAGUGUCAGUUAUCAAAGCGGUGGUGAUUCGAUGAUGUUGGUUUAAAGAGUUUCACGCGUACAAUUGUUAACGUGGUUUAUUAAAUGUGUAAGCUAUAAGACAAAGAAA